AUGGCAUGGAUGGGAGAGGAGAAGACGGAGGCUGAGAAACGGGAGACAACAGCGAGUCCUGUCCCCCCUCCCUCCGACGUUCCAGCCACCGGCGACCUCCCUCCCACGGCCUCCAGCAAGCCCCGUCCCCCCUCCCUCCCGCGGCGACCUCCAACGACCUCAGCGUCGCCUCACUCCAGCGAGCCCUGUCCCCCCUCCCUCCGACGGUCCAGCCCCCGGCGACCUCCCUCCCACGGCCUCCGGCGCCCGCGGCGAACUCCAGCGGUCUCAGCGUCGCCUCCCUCCCUCCCUCCAGCGCCGUCUCCAGCGCCGAUCUCCAGCGCCGCCCUCCUGCACACGCCAACGCACAAAAAAAGCCCUAGCAUCUUCCAACUCCAGCAUCGCCUCCCUCCCUCCAGCGCCGUCUCCAGCGCCGGCCUCCCUCGUCGCCUGCGGCCUCCCUCCAGCGCCAUCUCCAGCGCCCUCUCCAGUCGCCUCCCUCCCUCCAGCGCCCUCUCCAGCCUCGACCUCCAGCGCCAACUCCGCACAAAAGCCCUAGCCUCUCAACAUCCAGCGCCGCCUUCAGCCAGCAUCGCCGACCUCCAGCGCCGCCUCCCUUCAGCAUCGCUGACCUCCAGCAACCUCCCGUCCUCCACCUCCAUUCGAUUCCAGCGACCUCCGUCUUUGGCACCGUGUGGACAGAGCAAUUUGAAGAUUAUUUAA